AUUUGUUCAACAAUGAAUGAGUCAUUCUUACUCCACCACGCCUCUCAAUCAUAUGUCGCUCGAUGGUGUACAUUUAGGGAGAACACUUCGUGCUUGUUCGACCCUUUUUUCUCGUUCUUUGUGUACAUCAUAAGCCCGCCAGGUAGACUCAAGUCGUAGCUUAAUAAGUGCAUGCAACGUAGGCCCAUCGGUCUUGCUGUCAUCCAUCGAUUGAUCAUUCAUUGCAUUGCCCUCCUGUCGUCUCAAUGGACGGUCCACACAAAGGCGGUGCUCGCAGUGACCGUCGUCAAAAUGACCGCCCUGGACGCGGCGGACGUGGCGGCGGCGGAGAAGCAUCACGCGGUGUUCAAAUCUCCAAGAAGCUCUCCUGGCUCCUCCGUCAUGGUGCCGAGAGCGAGAACCUCCCCAUGCGAGCCGAUGGCUAUGCCAACGUCCAAGAAGUCCUCAACAACCGCAAACUCAAAUCGAUGAAGGUGACUUUUGCGGAAAUCCGGGAAGCCGUGACCGAGAGCGACAAGCAAAGAUUCAAACUCAUUCGGAUCGAUGAGGAUGGGACUGCUGAAAACGAGGUUGAGACGAAAGAAGAAGCCCAGCCAACGAAGACAGAUGACGGCAAAACGAAAGAAAGUGGAAACUCAACAAAAGCCGGAAGUCCUUCCUCUCAGUCCGUCCAAGAGCAAGAAGACGACGAUCCCAUCAACUACCUCAUACGCGCCAACCAAGGCCACAGCAUCCGCACCAUUGCGGCCACCGACCUCCUCACGCGGAUCCUGCCCAGCGUUGCCCCCGAAAGCAUCCCCAACAUAGCCGUCCACGGCACGACGCACUCCGCCUGGCCUUUGAUUGUGGCAUCCGGUGGCCUUAAACCCAUGGGUCGGAACCACGUGCAUUUUGCCAGUGGUUUACCAGCAGGCUUUCAACCCCAAAAGCCUUCUUCAACGGACUCCACAUCUGUAUCGGCGACGGCAACGACGGUGACGGAGGAGAAAAGGGGAGAUGAGUCUUCCGCGAAUCAGAACCCGAAAGCAGCAAAAAAUGCCGCUGCAGCAGCAUCAGCAGCGCCGGUGAUUUCCGGCAUGAGGAAUUCUUCCACGGUGCUAAUCUUUCUCGAUGUCCCGCGCGCGCUGGCUGCGGGGUUAGAGUUAUACCGUAGUGCAAAUGGGGUGAUUCUUUCGCCGGGGAUGGUCGGUGCGAAGAAGGAGAAGAAGGCAAACGUCUCGUCGGUAGCGGAGACGCUCGUGGCCGUGGCGCAGCGAGGAGAGGAGGGUACGAAGACGGAGGCGAAGGAGCAAAGUACAGGAACCGGCACGGACGCGGGCACGGGCACGGCUGAUGUGGAUGAUCUGACGACGGCGAUUGAGGGCUUAGCUGUUUCGGCGAAACUGGUCAGUGAAAAUACAACAACUACAGGGAAUAGCGGAGGAGGGGACGAUGGGGAGGCAAAAGGUUCUACGGAGCAGGUAGGCGGAGAUGGCGGGAUUGUUCCUUUGGAAUUGUUCUCAAGGGUCGAGGAUCGUACGGGUCAUGCGGAGAAUGGGCUCUUGGUGCUCGAUGGGAAGAUUGUAAGGGAGGCGCCUGCUUGGUGGGGCGCGAAGGGUGGUCGACAGCAACAGGGUCGAAGAGGCGGACGUGGUGGAGGACGGGGUGGUAGAUAGGGGGAGAGAUGCUGAUAUUCUUAUGAUAAGAGAACUAUAAAACCAAAAGCCCCCAUUUUUGACCCGGGGAAGGCUUGCAUUGAUGUGUGUGAGAGAAUUCAUAGAAUGAGGGCGAUGUGUCCCAUCGCGCUUCACAUGCGAGGAUGAGAUACCUCAUGUUUGUAACAAUGCAUUGAAUGACGAGA